AGACCACACCACCGGGAGGUCCUCCGCGACGGAGAGACGAAGAGGCGCCGCGUACAGGGCCCGGGAGGGGGCGUGCAGUUUGGUCCGAGGGUCCCGAGCUGAAACUCAACACCCGCCUUUGGAGGGAUCGUCCUCCUUUCUCCUCCGCCCCUUCCCUUCCCCUCCCUUUUCCCCUCCCUCCUUUCUUUUAAUCCCCAGGACUGAGUCCCGCGCCGGAGCUGAGAGGGCCCGAGGGGAGGAGGAAGAAACUGCCCUGAGAGGGAGCCAGGAGCCCGGGAAGGGGAGGGAAGGGGAACCGCGCGUGGGGGCUGAGCCCGAAAGCCACGCGCGACCCCCCGGAGCCUUCGCAGCCCCUUCAGUGUUCCCCCUACCCACUCCAGGCGAGUCCACAGGACCCUGGCCCCUGCUCCUCCUUCGCCUUCUCUUUGCUGCUUCCUUUGCUUUGUGGCUUUCCUCUCCGUCCCCAGAGACACCUGGGAGCUGCCCAGAGCUCCGCGGCGCGCCGAGGGGCCCUGCCGGGGGUGCGCGUGAGCGGGCUGAGGUGUGGCGGCGCGCGGGUGGGCCCCGAGACGGCGCGAGGAAAGCCGUCCCGCCCCUUCGGGCCGAGCCCGCGUGCGGGGAGCGAGGUUCCGUCGCGGCGCCCCCCCAGCCCCUGGCGUCCUGAGGGAGAGUGUGCGUGAGUGUGAAGCCGCCUCGCCGCGGGGGGUGAGAGUGUCUGGGCCGAACGCAACCACUCGGUCAACGCAGCCCAACGGCCACGCUCUCGGAGGCCUUCGGCGCCAGCCUGGCCUUCUUUCGCCAACUUGGGCGAGUUUGAAGAGGGGCGAACGUCUCAGCGCUCGCUCGCCCCACCCCCUCGCAGCCGGGCCGCCGCAGGGCCCCGGGCCGCCCCGACCACAGCCCUGGGAGCACCGCUCUCCGCCGCGGCCCCCGGGUGGGGAGGGUUGGCCUCUGAACUCGCUCGUCCAGCCCAACCGCUUCUGCGGCUUCUCCCAGCCCUCGGGGCCGUCCUGAGCGGCCUGGCGAGUCGUCGAGCGCGGCCCCAGCUCCCGCCUCCUCGCCUGCCCCAGCUCUGGGUGGGAGCUUUCGGCCCAUGCAGACCCGGGGUCCCUCCGCGGCCUAGGGCAGGCAGCUCCGGGGGCCUGGCCAACCCCGUGGCCCCCGGGACAACACGGAGCGCGCGCCCUUGGAUGAGGUCCCGCAGCGACGCCCCGGCCCGCCCCGCUCCUCCUCCUGCCCGGCCAAGCUGCCUCCCAUUUGGGGAGUUUUGUGGGCUUUCUUUCUCCUCCUCCAACCUCCGCGGAGGCCACGACUCAGGCGCCGCAGCCGGGGGCCGCCUCCAUGGUGCGGGUCGGCCGCUGCUGAACUCAGCGAAACCGAGCCUGGCCUGGAGAAGGCCACACAGGAGGCCAAGGCCAUGGCCAUAGCCACGUCGGCCCAGUUGGCUCGGGCACUCUACGACAACACCGCUGAGUCCCCCCAGGAGCUGUCCUUCCGCCGAGGGGAUGUUCUACGGGUACUGCAGAGGGAGGGCGCUGGUGGGCUGGACGGCUGGUGCCUCUGUUCCCUGCAUGGCCAGCAGGGCAUUGUGCCCGCCAACAGAGUGAAGCUCCUUCCUGCUGGCCCGGCACCCCAGCCCAGCCUCACCCAGGUGCUCCCAGCCCAGCAUGGCUCACCACAUCCAGCCCCAGAGCACAGCAAUGAGGACCAGGAGGUAUAUGUGGUGCCACCCCCAGCUCGGCCCUGUCCUACCAUAGGACCUUCACCUGGACCCUGCCCGCCCUCCCCUGAUCCCAUCUACAAGGUCCCCAGAGGGAGUGGGACCCGAUCAGCUGCCUCUGGAGAUGCCUUGGAGGUCUAUGACGUGCCCCCCACUGCCCUCCGAGUUCCCUCCAGUGGCCCCUACGACUCCCCUGCCUCCUUUACCCGCCCUCUAGCCCGGGUUGCCUCACAGGCUCCUGAAGAGGAUGAAGCUCCCUAUGAUGUGCCUUUGGCCCCAAAGUCACCGUCAGAACUGGAGCCAGAUCUGGAGUGGGAGGGAGGCCGGGAACCAGAGCCUCCCCUCUACGCUGCCCCCUCCAACCUGAAACGGGCAUCAGCCCUGCUCAAUCUGUAUGAAGCACCAGAGGAACUGCUAGCAGAUGGGGAAGGUGGAGGCACUGAUGAGGGCAUCUACGAUGUGCCCCUGCUCGGGCCGGAGACACCCCCUUCUCCAGAGCCCCCAGGAGCCUCUGCCUCCAAUGACCUGGACACCUUGGCCCUGCUUCUGGCCAGAAGCCCCCCACUCCCACACAGGCCCCGUUUGCCCUCAGCUGAGAGCCUGUCCCGCCGCCCUCUGCCUGCCCUGCCUAUUCCUGAGGCCCCUAACCCUUCCCCAGCUCCCUCUCCUGCUCCAGGCCGAAAGGGCAGCAUCCAGGACCGGCCUCUGCCCCCACCCCCACCUCGCCUGCCUGGCUACAGGGGCCCCAAGGUUGAGGGGGAUCCAGAAGGUGGGGAGGUAGAGGAUGAUCCAGCAGGACACCACAAUGAGUAUGAGGGCAUCCCGAUGGCCGAGGAAUAUGACUAUGUACACCUGAAGGGCAUGGAUAAAGCUCAGGGAUCUAGGCCCCUGGAUAAAGCCUUCCCAGGGGAUCCUGAACUGCUGGAGAGGGGGCCACUGGAGCAGCAGGAGGCCCUGUCUGCAGGGGAGCCGCUGGAUCUGCCCACCGGAGAUCUACAGCUCUUGCAUUUCUACGCCGGGCAGUGCCAGAGCCACUACUCAGCACUGCAGGCAGCCGUGGCGGCCCUGAUGUCCAGCACCCAGGCCAACCAGCCCCCACCCCUCUUCGUGCCCCAUGGCAAGCGGGUGGUGGUGGCCGCUCACCGCCUGGUGUUUGUUGGGGACACCCUGGGCCGGCUGGCAGCCUCCGCCUCUCUGCGAGCACAGGUCGGGGCUGCAGAGGAGACAAAUUGGAAGUGCGGUCCAGUGGAGAGAAGAAGCAAUGGAUUUUCUGGCUGAGGUUAACAGGACACUCCUCUAUAGCCCUUACCUUAGAUGAAGAAUCAAGUACCUGUUAGGUAUCAAAUCUCUUAGAGAAGUGUACCUCUAACUUGAAUGUACCUACUCAUGGGGAUCUGGUUAAAAAGGAGAUUAAGAUUCAAAGGCUUGGAUUCUGCAUUUCUGACAAGCUCCUGGAUGACUUGGGAGCUCUAGUCUGUACGUCACACUUUUGAGUAGUAAUUCUAGGGGUUAAGGAAGGCUUCUCUGAGACAAAUGUGCAAAUAUGCUGAAGGAUGAGGAGAACUGACCAGGAGAGGACAAGCCUUCAAGCCAUAAAGAUUAACUUGUCCAAGGGCCCUGUGACAUUGAAAAAAAAAACUGAAAGAAGGCCAGUGUGAUGAGUGCAGUUUGGGGAAAGAAGCGAGGUGGAGCACCAGGGAGCAUGGGACCAGGCCUGCAGGAGCAUAUAUGAGGGUCCUGGAACAUUAGUAUUUAUACCUUGUCGGUGAGGAGAAGCCACUGAAGGCUGUUAAGCAGGAAAGGGCCAUGAACAGAUCUGCAUUAUGAAAAAAAAACCAAACACUCCAUCUGCACUAUAAAUACAGAUAAGGGAAUGGGGCAGAAACAAAGUGGAUGCAGAACACCAGUUAGGAGGCCCAAGCAGUCUGUGCAACAGGUAGCUUGACUAAUGGUAGAAAAGCAGAGUAUCUGAGAACUAUGCAGGAAGGAAAAUGGACAGGGUUUUGUAAACGAUUUGAUAUGGGGGUAAGGAGGAGUCCUUGUAAGGGCUGUCACCUUGAACAUAUGGUCACAGUUGAAUGGUGAGGGUACCAUUCACAAGGCAAAGAAGCACUAGGAGACGUUACAGGGGAAGAGCGUGAGUUUGGUCUUGGAUGUAUUGAGUUUGAGGUCCUUGUGAGUCACCCAAGGUUAAGAAGAUGAAUAAGAGGUGGCUACAUAGGUCUGGGGCUCAGAAGAGAGGUGUGAGCUAGAGGUGUAAAUCUGGGGAUUAGGUUUGUAUUGUUUACAUUGGGGGUGAAUGAGGCCGAGGCUGUGAGCAUGGGUGAGAUCCCAAGGUGGAAAGAACAGUGAAAUGAGAGGAGGGCCCAGGACCAAGCCUCAGGUUCGAAGACACUGAAUGAUGGUGAAGAGGUGGAGGAGGAGCCUGCCAUGGAGAAAAAAGCAAGAGAAAGAAAACCAGGAGAGUGUGAGACUUAGCAGCCAAAAAAGAAAGUGUUUAGAGGAAGGGGUGGUCAACAGUGCCAAAUGAUGCUGAGGAUGAGGAAGACUCCGCCAGGGUGGGGGUGCUGAAACCCAGAGAUGUGGUCUUGUAGAGGACUGCAGCCAGGGCUGAGUACAGAGCCCAGCCCAGCCCUCCAUGUUCAUCCCCUGUACUGUAGUCGCCAGUAUAAAUGGCUGUCUCCCCAGUAAGCUACUCCAAGGUGGGUCUUGUCCAUCCUGUUAUCUCCCAAAGCCUAGCGCAAGGCCAGGCACAUAAUAGAUGCUUAAUAAAUUUUACUGAUGAAUGAGUGGAUGCAUGGAAAGAUGGAUGGAUGGUUGGAUGAAUGAAUGAGGAGGAAGAAUUGGAAGCAAAUGAGGAAUCUGGCAACUGCCUGGACUAGCUACUAUCCUUCAGCUUUCUUUCCUUUUACCGCAAUGGCCCGCAGACCCAGAGAACGGAGACAGAGCCCCUGGGCCCUGGCCCCCCUUCCUCUCUCUGACGAAGAGUCUGGACCGAAGGUUCUGCUGACGUGGGAAGGGGAGGAGAGUCUGGAGGAAGGGGAGGGGAAAGCAGCGCAGAGAUCGCAGAGACGAAGGAGGCGCCCGCGGCUGCAGAGCUG